CUUACCACUCUCCCGUUUCAUGACCGCGCACCUCCUCAAGAUGGCCUCCUCCAAGUCCGCCCUCACCGAUCGCAUCACCCUCGCCAACAACCUCAGCAUCCCCUCUCUGCACCUUGGAGUCUAUCUCAUGACCUCCAACGAAGCCUCCACCGCUGUCUCCUCUGCCCUCGCAAUCGGGUACCGCGCCUUCGACUCUGCGCAAAUGUACCACAACGAGCGCGCUGUGGGUUCCUCGAUCCUCUCCUUCCUGGCAGCGAACCCAGAUGUUAAAAGAGAAGAAAUCCACUACACCACGAAAAUUGCGAGUAAUGAGGGGUAUGAGGCCGUGAGGAAAGGCAUCAAGCAGAGCGUCAAGGAGUGUGGGCUGGGAUAUGUGGAUUUAUUGCUGGUGCAUAGUCCGUAUGGAGGGAAGCAAGCUAGAGAGGAGAGCUGGAGGGCGGUGGAGGAUGCGAUCGAGGAGGGAGAGUGCAAGAUGGGUGGAGUGAGUAAUUACGGGGAGAAACAUAUCGAGGAACUGCUCGCCUCGAAUCCGCGGCAUAAGCCGCUCGUAAACCAGCUCGAAGUUCAUCCCUUCAACACGCGGCCUGCUCUCACAGCCUAUUGUCAAAAGAACGACAUCACGAUUCAAGCCUACGCACCGCUUGCACGGGCUUUAAGGAUGAAACACCCUGUUCUCCUCGAGUUGGCGAAGAAGCACGACGCGACGCCCGCACAAGUCAUGGUGAGGUGGAGUCUGCAAAAGGGAUAUUGUCCAUUACCGAAGAGUGUGAACAAGGAGAGGAUGGAGGAGAAUUGCAGUGUUGGCGGAUGGCAAUUGGAGGAGGAAGAAGUAAAAAGACUGGAUGGGCUGGAUGAGUAUCUGGUCACUGAUUGGGACCCUGUGGACGCAGACUGA